AUGGAUCUUUUAACCCUCUGUACCCCGUAACGGCCGUCGCCGGCCGUGCUGUUCUUCCCCGUAACGGCCGUGAGCGGCCGGUGUUUUUUCAUGGAUGAAUACAGGCGAUCACUUAAUUUCUACAGCUUAUGUACACUACAGAUCAAUAUUUUAGAUCCCCUUCGAUGUAUUGUCAUAAUCAAACACAUAUGUUUGUAUUGAUUUAUUUUUAGAUAUUUGCGUUUUUUUACGAUAUGUGCCUGUUUCUGCUCCGUGGCCGCUGUGGUUCAGCUGAUAUGAAUGAUGGCAUGUGUCCAAGAUAUCUAACAAACGUCACUCAUCUUGCCAUAAUCAAUUUGGCACAGCAGUCGUAGGAUUUGUAACACUUUACUCUUUUCCCCAGCCAUCAAAACAAAAAAAAUCUGCUUGUAGGCUUUGAUAUAUGUUGAUCUUUUAUGCUACGAGAUGUGCCUAUCUGCUCCGUGCGGCCGCAGCAGUUCAGCCGAUAUGAAUGAGGACUCAAGUCUCAAAGUUGCAGUAGCCUAUGCUAUCUGCCAAAUCGUCACUCAUGUCACUGUGUCACAUCAAUCAUAGGAUUUGUUACAAUUUACUUCUUUUCCCGCCGUCAGGACCUACAAUUCUAAACAUUAUAGCCUCCGAAAUCACGAGACAGAGUAACAGGCAAAGAGAUAAUGUCUUCUGCACCGAAACGCCGCAGGUUUAGUCUGGCCGAGACGGUUUUGAUGUGCACUGAUCCAUCUCAGGUGCUGGAAGAAGAUCUUCCCAUAUUGGAUGGCAAUGACACUGAUAUCAAUCUGUCGGAUGUGUCAGAUCACAGCUCUCAAGGUGAGGAGGACAAUGAAGUAGGAGAGGCUAUGCGAGAAGAGGAAGAGGUAAUGAUGGAGAGAGAAGAGGCGGAGGAGGCAGGUGAAGCAGUGGAGGAAGAAGUGGAGACCAGAGUGAGAGCCAGGGCAGAGUAUAGAAGAGGUCGAGGGAUAGGAGGAAGAGGAGGAGGAUGGAGAGGAGGAGGAGGAGGGAGAGGAAGAAGAGGAGGAAGCUUGGGAGUGAGAGGGAGAAACAGUGGGAGAAGGAGACAGAGAGGAAGGGUACAAACACACGACGAUCCACCAUGGUCUGACUCUAUCCCAGUUCCCUCCAUCCAGCCUUGUAUGGUUGAUCCUGGCCCCAGAUGUAUCUUGACCAACAUGCUGGAUAUCUUGUGGCAGAUGGUUGGGGUGUUAUUCAUCUCAAAUCUAGUGCAGUUUACAAAUAUGUAUGCUGCAUCCAGCAACCAACCCGCCACGUGGUACGAUACAACAGAGGAGGAGAUGAGGGCCUUCAUUGGUUUCAAUAUCCUCAUGGGUAUCCAUCGUUUACCCUGCCUCGCCGACUUCUGGAGCUCUGAUCCAUGUGUCCGAGUGCCAUAUAUCGCUGACCGGAUAUCUCGCAACCGUUUUUUGAAUUAAUUUGCCAAUUUUUUCAGUGCAGUUCACAAGGAGAGGAUACAGAUAAGCUGGCAAAAGUUAGGCCAUUUAUACAAGUGCUACAAGAAAAUUUCCCAAAACUGCUUGUGCCCUGGUCUGCGCUGUCUGUGGACGAAGCGAUGAUUAAAUUUGAUGGGAGACUGCGUUGGAAACAAUAUAUGCCGAAAAAAACAGUGAAAUGGGGCAUAAAGUUAUGGUGCCUUUGUGACUCUUUGACAGGUUAUUGUCUCGCCUUCAAUGUUUACACGGGAAAAGAUGACGUACAGGGAAAAGGUUUGGCCUACCGAGUAGUUAUGCAUCUGCUUAGAGGAUAUUUGGACAAGCACUAUCAUGUCUAUGCAGAUAAUUUUUUUUCUUCCAUUCCCUUGGUGAGAGACUUGCUUAAUCAUAACACCUACUAUUGUGGCACCAUCAGAAAGACCUCCAAAGGCUUUCCAACGCAAAUCACGGAACCAAAAUUAAUGAUAGGGGAGAGCAGAAAAGUGGGAAGGGAUGGGAUGAUGGUAUUGAGGUGGAUGGACAAAAGGGAUGUGUAUAUAGUUUCAAGCAAUCAUGCAGGCAGAGACCAAAUGAAGCAAAGAUCCAAGUUUAAUGCUAAUCUAAUCUCUUGCCCAGAAGCGGUCCUUGAUUACAACAGGAAAAUGGGAGGGGUUGACCAUCUAGACCAGUUUCGAAGCUAUUACAAUGUUGGGCGAACUGGAAAGAAAUGGUGGAAGUACCUGUUCUGGGGACUGUUUGACAUAGCAAUUAUAAAUGCAUAUAUUGUGUGGCAGCUUCAGCUCAGGCCACUUCCUAAGGGCAGGAAAACCUGGGGCCUGAAAGCCUUCAAACUUAAAAUCGUGCAUGCCCUAUGUGAUGAUUUUUUUGGCAGGAAGCGGGGUGUCCAGGGCAUCAAUACCCUGGGUAUCGACUUUGUAGUGAGUAGGAAUUUAAAAGAAGGCCACUCACUUGUGCGCUUUGAGGGGAGGAAAAAGGGAUGUGUAAGCUGCAUUAGAGCAGGGCGCCGCACCAAUAGUGGGCGGUGCAUUGAAACUUCUUUUGGCUGCUCAACUUGUUCUGCGCCAUUGUGCAAAAUGCCACCAUGUUUUCAUGAAUUUCAUGGUAUGUUAUAGUUUAUUGAAUAGUUAAUGAAAUGUAA